ACCAGAAUUGGAGAGAGCAGCAAGGGAGAGAAAUUAAAAAAAGGAAAAAAAAACCAGCCCAAUAGCCUGGAGAGGCUUGUGUGUUUGCCCUUUCGUCAUGACGUAGUGUCCUGUGCCUCUUUCUCCCCCCUUCUCUCACUCGUUUUCCCCUCCCUCCUUCCAACCCCCACCCCCCCUUCCCCUCACAUCCUUGGAAGCAACAAUUAAGCAGCUCUGGGAUAAAACACACUGACUGCGAGAGCACGGGGGCAUUGCUUCAAGAGAUGGCAAGGAAGCCAGCUGCACCCCUCUUUCCCGGAGUCCUCCUCCUCUUCUCUAUCCUCCCAGCUUCUCAGCAAGGAGGGGUCCCUGGUGCUAUCCCUGGAGGGGGAGUCCCAGGAGGAGGCUUUUUCCCAGGUGCUGGGGUUGCAGGUUUGGGAGCAGGACUCGGGGCCGCAGCGAAACCUCUCAAACCAGGGGUCGGAGGCCUCGGGGGACUUGGCCCACUUGGCCUGCAGCCAGGUGCUGCAGGCCUCUUCCCCGGAGGCAUCUACCCUGGCGGUGUCUUCCCUGGUGCUCCAUCUGCAGCUGCUCUUAAGGCUGCUGCAAAAGCUGGUGCUGGAAUUGGUGGCGUGGGUGGAAUCGGUGGUCCUGGUGGCCUUGGGGUCUCCACAGGUGCAGUGGUGCCCCCGGGUGGGGUGCAGCCCGGGGCUGGUGCAGCAGGGAAACCCCCCAAAGUACCAGGUGCUGGGAUUCCUGGAGCGUUUCCAGGCGGUGUACUCCCUGGAGCAGGUGUCCGCUUCCCUGGCGUAGGGGUGCUGCCUGGAGUACCAACUGGCGCUGGAGUCAAGCCGAAAGCCCCAGGAGUGGGAGGAGCCUUUGCAGGAAUCCCUGGACUGGGAGGCUUUGGAGGCCCGCAGCCCGGUGUCCCUCUGGGGUAUCCCAUCAAAGCUCCUAAGCUCCCAGGUGGCUAUGGAUUGCCCUACAGCACUGGUAAGCUGCCCUAUGGGCUUGGACCUGGCGGGAUAGGAGUGGGACUUGGUGCAGCAGGAAAGGCAGGAUUCCCCACUGGGACAGGAGUUGGAGCACAGGCGGCAGCAGCAAAAGCAGCAGCUAAGUAUGGAGCCGGUGUCCUGCCCGGGGCUGCUGGCAUUCCAGGAGUUGGUGGAGUGGUGCCUGGUGUCGGAGCUGUCCCAGGAGUUGGAGUUGGAGGGCCAGCAGCUGCAGCUGCGGCAGCGAAGGCAGCAGCGAAAGCGGGAGUGUACGGUGCAGGGGUCCUGCCUGGGGUUGGCGGUGUCCCAGGCCUAGUGCCCGGCGUUGGCGGAGUCCCUGGCUUGGUGCCCGGCAUCGCAGGUGUCCCUGGGGUGGCAGGAGUUGGGGCACCAGCAGCAGCAGCGGCAAAGGCAGCUAAAUUUGGAGCUGGUGUUGGUGUUCCUGGAGUUCCUGGAGUUCCUGGAGUGCCUGGUGUGCCUGGCGUGCCUGGUGUGCCCGGUGUGCCAGGAGUGCCUGGUGUGCCCGGUGUGCCUGGCGUGCCGGGUGUGGUACCUGGUGUCGAUGCUGUCCCAGGAGUAGGUGCUCCAGCAGCAGCUGCUGCUGCAGCGAAGGCCGCAGCGAAAGCCGCAGCAUUUGGAGCAGGACGCCUGCCAGGAGUUGGCGUUCCUGGUGGGGUUGGUGCUCUGGUGCCCGGAGGAAUAGCAGGAGUUGGAGGCCCAGCCGCAGCAGCUGCUGCCGCCAAAGCAGCCGCCAAAGCAGCCAAGUAUGGAGUAGGCGGCCUCGCUCCCGGAGUGGGUGCCUUGGCUCCUGGCGUGGGUGGCCUGGCUCCUGGCGUGGGUGGCCUGGCUCCUGGUGUAGGUGCUCUGGCUCCUGGCGUGGGUGGCCUGGUCCCUGGUGUUGGUGCCAUCCCAGGAGUUGGAGCCCCGGCAGCAGCGGCAAAAGCAGCAGCUAAGGCAGCCAAAUUUGGUGCUGGGGUUGGAGGGGUGCCAGGAGUAGUGCCCGGGGCUGCUGGAGUGCCAGGAGUGACACCCGGCGUCGGUGCUGUGCCAGGUUUGGUGCCAGGUGUGGGAGUACCUGGUACUGGCAUUCUCCCUGGAGCAGGCAUCCCCCAAGUAGGGGUGCAGCCUGGUGCUAAACCUCCCAAAUUUGGAGUUCCUGGGGUCGGAGUCCCAGGAGUCGGUGUCCCAGGGAUCGGUGGCCUCCCAGGUGCUCUUGGAGUUGGUGGCCUUGGAGUCGGUGGCCUUGGACCUGGUGGGCUAGGGGCAGGGCUCUUGUUUCCUGGGGCUGCUGGCAAACCUCCCAAAGCAGGGGCUGGAGUUCCUGGUUUUGGUGUGUCACCGAUACUUCCAGGUGGGGUCGCUGGCCAGCUGGGAUUUGGCGCAAAGGCCGCCAAGACCUACGGCGGGGCCCUGGGAGCCCUGGGAUUUAGAGGCGCCGUCGGCUGCGCACAGGGCAAGUACUGCGGCAGGAGGCGGAAGUAGCCGGCCCGCCGGCCGGCCGCCAACCUCAUGAACUUUGGUGCUACUGCAUGGCGGAGAACGUCAACCCGAGCAAAGCGGAGAUCCCCCCCCCACCCCGCCCCGCGCCCCCCCUGCCCGGCCCCCCACAGCCCCGGCCCGGCCCGGCGCCCCCGGAGCUCCGCGGCAGCGCCUGCCCCCCACCCCCCACCCCCCAAACUGCGGGGAGCAGCGUUCCCCACUGGUGCUAAGGCUCCCUGCGGGGAGGGCCCGGGCGCCCCCACCCCGGCGCCUCUCCGAGGAACGGGGGGCCGUGGGGGGCGGGGGGGGGGGGGCGAACCCCGCGCUCGGCGCCGGGGCAGCCGCGGGCGGGCGGGCGCCGGGCUCCUCCUCGGCCUCGGCGCUGCCCUCCCCGGGGGGCCGGGCGGCCCCGGAGCCGCGGGCCGGGACGGAUUCGCCUCUCUUCAUGUUACUCACUUUGAUAUAACUCGGAUGGGAACCGGUAUAAAGAGGGGAAACUGCUUCCAAACAGACUAAUAAAGGACAAGUUUUUAACGGA